GACGAGCAUGCACCCAGAGCGAGCUGCGAGUCGGGGCCUCGAGUUGUGAGGCUACAGUCCGUAGCAGAUCGGAUGCGUGAGCAAACCGAGAGGUGGGCCAUCAGCUCGAUUUUGUGCGCAAAGGAUCACGCGCGGGUUCCAGAAGUCGAUGCACUGUUUCUACAUCAACUUUCGAUUCUGGCGGUGCGUGCGUGGGGGCCAAUUUUCUCUUCCCCUUCGGACUUGAUGGCCGGACUGUGAGCAAAAUCCUCGGCUCGCUGUGGCCGGAGAUUGUGGAAGAGAGAGCGCGAGAUGAUGAGCCCUUUCCCUUGACUCGCCCUUCGAGUCAGCAGUAGCAAUGACGAUCGACCCGAUUAUCCAGAAUGUCGGUCGCUCCGCCGCACAGUUGUGGCAGGGUGCACAGAAUUUCUUUCAGGAGAUACAGUCAUCAGUACGUCGCACUAUUGAGAAUGGCCAGCAAAGUCCAAAUUCUCUGAAGACUAAGUAUCCUCAAAUAAACGAGGCAUCAAAGGGUGCUUCCUCCGGAUCUUCGACUGCUCUCCGCGAUUUGGAGCCUUGGCGAAAGAAUCCAACUUGGGAGGAUGACACACCGGUUAUGGAGGUCACCGUUCCUGAAGGUUCACUCUGUCAGCUAAACUCGAUAUUUAAAGUGGGGCUGCCUCCUGAGGCCGUAUUCGAUAUCCUCAGCGACCCAGGGAAUAAACGUGUGUUUAAAAACAUCAAGGAGGUAAAGUACCGGAAAUUGUUGGAAGACCACGGACACCGUCAGAUUGUUGAAAUAGAACAAGCCGCCAUAUGGCGUUUCCUCUGGUUGUCUGGAACCUUGAAUGUUUGUGUACGAGUAGACCAAGAUCGCCGAGCUCUAACGCUGAAAUAUGAUCUUGCGAAAGAAGGCUUCAUGAAGAAAUUUGAGGGGAGCUGGGAAAUUCAACCACUGUAUAUAGAUAUGGAUGAUGGUACAGACUCGAGAGGUAGAAUAGCAUCUCUGGUGCAUUUACAACAGGUGGUGCAACCGGCUAUGAUGCCGCCGCCCCCCUUUUUAAGGUACGUACGUGGAAUUACAACCAGGACGACGGAGAAGAUGCUAGAGGACUUGCAAGAAGAGGGGAGAAGGCUGCGGGAGGGCAGGGCAGUUUCUGAGCUUUCGCAAGCUGAAGAGCAAGUCCACCGUCGGGCUGUAGCUGAGGCCGAAAAGGGUUACGUUUUAAGGAGACACUGGAAGUUGCAUACGAAUGCCGGCGGGUUGAAGAGAAGGCAACGAAGGAGAAGACGAAGAAUCGGGCGAUUCGUGUAAGGGAGUAGUGUCCAUCUUGUCAAAGAGCAUCCACCGACAGAUGAUUGUCUGAACGGUUGUCGACAUUAUUUUAUUCGCCUUGGACAUGCAAGUUCUACCAUACACCAUCUUGCUCGUGGUAGAUGCAUCUCCAAUUGUGUAUUAAAUCAAGAGCAUUCAUGUUUCAUCUGCAGCACUUCUGCCCCCAAAGGAGCAAGUUAGAUGGCCAGUGGUGCUUUCAUAUGUUUGCUAUUGUGGACUGAAGUCCAGGCGGCCGAUCAUGGAAGGCGUUGGCUGUAGCUUUUUCGGAAGGAUAUCAAGUAAUAUCACAUCAACUUUUAAGUAAAUUGGGCUGCGUACAUCGCCAGAACAAAUUUCUCUUUCUUACCUGCAAUCUAGCGGGGAGGAGGAAGGAGGAGAUUUGUGUGUAAAUAAGUCCAGUGAGUAAAUUCUCGCAGUUGAAAUCAUAGAAGGUAUCGAUCUUUCAGACAUCUUGUAGACUCAAAUCACCAAAUCUUAUUCAUUCUCAGUCAUGAUGCGACUG